AUGUCUCUGAUAGACGUUGCGGGAUUUGCAGUGAUUUUCCUCACCUACCUAAAAAUCUCCAUGCAGAUCCAAUUGAAUGAGCUUGGAUUUGAUGAAGCAUUCAUUACGCCACUUCAAGAGUACUACCUUCAACCAAUUACUGCACUGCUGUACCCAGACCAUGGGGGCCAUCAACUAGAUAGCCACAAGGCUUUUGUGGUCAAGUAUUCAGUGGAUGAAGACCUGGAUUUAAACACUCAUUUUGAUAAUGCAGAAGUAACUCUAAAUGUAUCACUUGGGAAAAUGUUUACAGAUGGAAACCUGUAUUUUGGUGAUAUGAAAGAGAUUCCACUGUUGUCGUCUGGGUGUGUAGAGGUCACACAUGCUGUCACCCAUGGGGUGUUACAUCAAGGAGGACAGCUUCAUGGUGCAUUUCCUAUUAAAUCAGGCGAAAGAUGGAAUCUUAUUGUGUGGAUGAGGUCAUCACCUGUCCAUAACCAUCUGUGUCCCAUGUGCAACAAGAAACCUAACUUAGUGGAGGCAGUAGGAUUUGGAGAUGGCUUUAGUAAAGACAAUGAAGAAAACAACUUUGAGACGCUAGAUGUUUGUACUUUAAUCUGAACUAGUUGAACAUGGGGUCAAACCUUGAGUUUUGUUAUAGAAUGUAAUGUUUGUCAAGUGCACAAACGCACUUUUAAUGUGAGGUUAUUCACAUUAUGACCUGUCAUUCACAUGUAAUUAUCAUUA